GAUUGCGAGAAACCAGAAACGACAAACACAGAACAAAUAGUAGAUAAAAUUGACAUUUUCUCAUCAAAUUCAAAGAUCCGACGGCAGUUAUAAAUGAUCAUAAGGCUAUCGAAUUUCCAAAUGGCUACUAAAUGUGUUUUCAAGUGUCGUUGGUUACGAGAAUGUGUUUCUUUAGACUGAAUGUCAAGAGUGAUAAUUUUGUUUUAAUACUCUGAAAUGUAACAGACUUAAUGCUGUGAACUUCAUUUAGCCACCCGUGGACAUUCGGACUUGCUAUUUUAGUUGUUGUAUAUAAUGAGCGGGCGACCAAGGACGACAUCAUUUGCCGAAGGUGGAAAAGCUGGACAGUCUGCGAGUUUUGGUGGAAUGAAGACAGUCAGUAAAGAUGGUAGUAAGGUUACGACAGUCCUCGCCACAUCUGGGACGGGACCCGACAAGCCACAGGAAGUGAGCUAUACAGAUGCCAAGGUCAUUGGCAAUGGGUCGUUUGGGGUCGUGUACCAAGCUCGGCUUGUGGAAACCUCCGAGCAUGUGGCAAUUAAGAAAGUUCUUCAGGACAAGCGAUUUAAGAAUCGAGAGCUGCAAAUCAUGCGGAAACUAGAACAUCAAAAUAUAGUGAAGCUGAAGUAUUUCUUUUACUCAGCUGGCGAAAAGGUAGGGAAGAAAGACGAAGUUUUCCUCAACCUCGUACUGGAGUAUGUUCCAGAAACGGUGUACAGAGUGGCACGACACUACAGCAAGUCAAAGCAGACGAUUCCAAUGUUAUACAUAAAGUUGUAUAUGUACCAGUUGUUCCGCAGCUUGGCCUACAUUCACGCACAGGGUGUCUGCCACAGAGACAUAAAGCCGCAGAAUUUACUUUUGGAUCCUGAAACCGGAGUACUUAAACUAUGUGAUUUUGGAAGUGCAAAAGUAUUAGUGCGAGGGGAACCGAAUGUUUCGUACAUCUGUUCACGAUAUUACCGAGCUCCAGAACUUAUAUUUGGUGCUACAGACUACACAUGUCAGAUAGAUGUGUGGUCAGCUGGUUGUGUUUUGGCCGAGCUGCUCCUCGGUCAGCCGAUAUUCCCGGGGGACAGCGGUGUUGACCAGCUUGUGGAGAUCAUCAAGGUUCUCGGGACGCCCACGCGCGAACAGAUCCGAGAAAUGAACCCCAACUAUUCCGAGUUCAAAUUCCCACAAAUCAAGGCUCACCCAUGGACAAAAGUUUUCCGACCUCGGACGCCGGCGGAAGCGAUUCAGGUGGUGAGCAAACUCCUGGAGUACACGCCGUCAGCGCGAAUCUCACCACUACAGGCGUGCGCUCAUUCCUUCUUCAACGAGCUGAGAGAACCCAGCACGCGGCUGCCCAAUGGACGGGAGUUACCGCCCUUGUUUAACUUCUCUUCUCAUGAGAUGGUGAUUCAGCCAUCUUUAAACUCAAUACUUAUACCGCCGCACGCCCGCCCCCCAGGAAGUGAGACGGCCGCGACUAUAGGCCAGGUUGCUGACAAUAGCCAAUCCCCGAACCAGGCCGGGGAUGGGUCACAGGCGCAAGGAGCCACCGCGUCGGGGAACACUGCUUGAGAGUGGGCUACGUGUAGGAUGUGUUAUAUAAUAUAUAUUACUGCAUCUCCCACUAUCCACGCAAUACAAACUUUAUUCCGUGUGGUAGUAACGAAGAAGAAAAAAAAGAAGUUUAAUUUAUCGACCACACACUUUUUUGUCAGUGUCAUGUUUAUAUCCAGUGAUUACAGUAACAGAACGAUGUUUGAACUAAGAAGUCUGUACAAAAUGACUUAUUUAAAUUUUUAACAUAUUUUUAAAGAGAGAGAACUCUUCAUUAAUGGGAGAGAUGUGCAAGUUGAAGAACCAGAUGGGUACUCAUAGAAGGGUGACAACUCUUUGAUGGAAGAGAACUUUUGGUGUCAAAGAUGUUUGAUGGAAGGGAGAGAACUCUUGUUGAAAGGGAGAGUAUUCAAGAUAAAAGGGAGAGAACUUAUUAAAAAGGGACGAAAUGUGAAACUGGGUUUUGUUGGAGUGUACUGCUCUUGGCUCUUGUGUUUUCACGUUUCAGUUGACACUUUCACGUGCGGUCUCUACAUUUAGCUUAUAGGAAUAAGAACCAAUAUGCUGUGACGUGCAGAGCUGAAAGGUUUGAGGAUUACCACACCAUGGAUGGAAUGGACGUUUAAAAAACAAACAAAAAAAAUACCGUUUAUUUUUUAACCUGCCUCAAAUGUGCACUUUGGAAACUUGCGUGUCAGGAUGUGUUAUUAAUUGUACAUGUUUUAAAAACCAUAAAUUAUGUCUUUGUUAUUCAAUUGUUUACUUGCAUGCCACAUGUUUUUAAUCUGUUUUGUAUGUGUACAAUGUGUGAUGAUUUGUCUUCAAAUGUUAGAUCGUUCGACACUGUGAGGUUUCAUUCUUAACACUGGGGCCGAUCAACAGUUACGUAAUGCAUAACAUACCUUGAAAUUCAUUUUGUGGAGUGCCAAGAAAUAGUACAUCUGAAAUUUCAAUUUGAAAGCAAAUGUUAGAAAUUGAGAGGCAGUACUUUAAAGUAGGUUCCUAAAUAGAUUUAUAGAGUAACUGUUUUCAAGAGCAAAGCAGAAAACUUGAGACAAAUGCAGAUAAAAGAUUAGGAUUAAUAUUAUGACAAUUGAGAAUUAGGACUUGUUAAUACAUCUGGAAUACUGUCAAACAGAAGAUGGUACGCUAACGGUGAAGUGGAUUAUUAGAAAGCAUAUUGUGCAGUUUGAGAAGCAUUUACUGUCUGCACACCCACCACCCACCAUCCCCUCCCCCAUGAAUGUUGAGUCUUUAACAAUGUGAUCACUGGGUUAAUGUUGUUUUUCUUCUUACCGUAUUGUGUAGAAUUUCUCUUUAAAACAUACUUUCUGGUUUAAGUAAAUCAGAGCUUGCCCUAAUGGCUUCACAUCAUGCCCUUCAGACAUGUUCAGCAAAAGUAAUUCUCUUUGCCCCUUUGAGCAUGUGAAUUGGGAAAAAAAAGAUUAAUAAAAUAAACUAUUAAAGGAUUAAAUAUCCGUGUGAAUCUACAUACUAUUUAAAGUGUGUCGUUGUUAAUCAGGGAAGCAGAAUGUGAUUUGUAAAGAGCCAUUAGUAAGAAACUGCAAGUUUCUAGCAAAACUGCCAGGAAAUGUUUUCAGAAGGGUCGAGAACAUUUAAGAUUAAUUAUUUAAUACUUAAAUUUUAGGUCAGCAAAUUUUUAUUUAGAAUUCUCUUUGUAUUUUAUAUUAUUUUCUUCAGUGAUAAUACUUGUGUACAGAAAUGUUUUUGAAUUGUUGAUUAUAUAAAAUAUAAAUCCUGCAA